AUGAUGGAGACCGUGAAUAAGCAAAGAUCAUUCAGCUUCAUAACUCAAGGCCUGCUGAUUUUCAUGCUGUGUAAUGCAAAUCUAGAUAGGAUUGUGACAGAGGCAUCCCCGAGCCCUUGCAAGGCACCACUGCAGUGGGAAGGCAGGAUGGUGGUUUAUGAUCACGACACAGGCAGAAACAUCAGGGCCUCAGUCACCUAUGAUUCCACCCAGCAGCGCCUCCGUAUCUUGGAGGAGAGGAAGAGCCUGGUGCCCUGCAAGAAGUUCUUCGACUACAUUUUCCUGUAUAAGGAGCAAGUGAUGUUUCAGAUUGAACAGGUUACAAAAAUCUGUUCCAAGAAAACUUUGAACGAGUCAUGGGAUCCUUUUGAUAUACCGGACAACUCUACGUUUGAAGAUCAGUACUAUAUUGGGGGACCUGGAGACCAAAUCAGUGUCCAGGAAUGGUCUGACAGAAAACCUGCCAGAAAAUAUGAGACAUGGGUCGGCAUCUAUACAGAUAAGGACUGUUAUCCUGUGCAAGAAACCUACACCAAAAAUGACAGCUUGACAACCUCCACCCGUUUCUUUGAUCUACAUCUCGGCAUAACUGAUCCAUCUGUGUUUAUCCCUCCUAGCACCUGCCAAGUUGCACAGCCUGUACUGAUGAGGGACGACUGCUGAACCUAUCAAAAAUGGACAGGCAACAUGAUGAACCAAUGUACCUUAAAAGCAGAUCACUGUUUACUACUGUUUAGCAUUUCUUAAGGUUCAUGGAGAUUAGCAAUUACUUACUAUACUUACCAUAAAAUGUUUAACGAAUCAGCAUUUGUUAAAUUUUUUUAAUUUUUUUUUAAAUAUGUGAACAAGUUAAUUUGAAGCUAAUGAAAUAUACUUAUCACUGCUGAGCUUG